GAUUAAAAAGAACUUUUCCUACAAAAUUCUUAUCCUUCAGAGUUUCUACACCAUUCCUCGCUGUGCUUGCUGAAUGAUUGUAACAGGGUGUUAAUUUCUUAAUAAAGCUCCCAUGAUUCGAUGCAAAAGAAGAAGAAAAAACCCAAAGGACCUACACGACGAGUAAUUCAGUCUCUGGAAACAUUCCGGCGGCAAAGCAGCAAGCCUCUCCCUUUUUCAAAAUCCGGCGACAUGCCUGCGUGCCAGUGUGCGCCGCCCCGCCCAUCCCAUCCCAUCCCAUCCCUGUCGCCACCACCAACUUCGGAUCUUCGUACCUCCCCAUGCCCUUCCCGUGCAAAACGCCAUCCAGAAGCACGCGGCCACGUCCCCCGGCCUUUUCCCGUCGCGGCUUCUGCUUCCCCCGUCUGUCUGCGCGCCUCGUUUCUUCCACCCCGCGGCCGCGCGCAGCGACUGCAGGCCACCAGCCAAUCCGCCCCGGCCCGUGCAGCCAGCCCAACACAACCCAGCACGGCCGCCACCACCUUUCGUUUUCCCAGCGCCACCCAGCCAGCCUUUGACCGCCGGCUCCCACUCCAACCUUCCUGCUUAAAUACGCCGUCCCCGGUAGACAGACCGGUUCAAUACAUUUCUCGUGUUCUUUUGGUGUGCAGGCCAGGGAGAGCUCCAGCCCUGAGCUCCACGAUAACCUCAGCGAGCCAGCAUUGGGCGGGCGCAAUGGCGGAGCUGCUGCGAGCGGCCGGUUUCUUUGACCUGCGCGGCGCGGCGCCGUUCGUCGUGGCAGCGGCGGUGGCGAUGUACUUCUUGGUCGAGCAGCUGUCCUACCUCCGCAAGAAGGGCCCGCUGCCCGGCCCGUCGCUCGUCGUGCCGUUCCUCGGCAGCGCCGUGCGCAUGAUCCGCGACCCCACGGGGUUCUGGGACGCGCAGGCGGCGCGGGCCAGGGAGUCCGGCGCCGGCCUCGCCGCGGACUUCCUGUUCGGCCGCUUCAUCGUCUUCGUCCGCGACUCGGAGCUGUCCCACCGCGUCUUCGCCAACGUCCGCCCCGACGCCUUCCACCUCAUCGGCCACCCCUUCGGCAAGCGCCUCUUCGGCGACCACAACCUCAUCUACAUGUUCGGCGAGGACCACAAGGACCUGCGCCGCCGGAUCACGCCCAACUUCACGCCGCGCGCGCUCUCCACCUACGCCGCCAUCCAGCAGCGCGUCAUCCUGGCCCACCUCCGGCGGUGGCUCGACCAGAGCGCCGCCACCGGCGAGGCCAUGCCGAUUCGGGUGCCCUGCCGCGACAUGAACCUGGAGACGUCGCAGACGGUGUUCGUCGGCUCCUACCUCUCCGAGAAGGCCAGGGAGCGGUUCGCCAAGGACUACGCCCUCUUCAACCUCGGCCUCAUGUCCGUCCCCGUCGACCUGCCCGGGUUCGCGUUCCGGCGCGCGAGGCUGGCCGUGGCGCGGCUCGUGCGCACGCUCGGGGAGUGCGCGCGGAAGAGCAAGGCGCGCAUGCGCGCCGGCGGCGAGCCGGAGUGCCUGGUGGACUACUGGAUGCAGGAGACGCUGCGGGAGAUGGACGAGGCCGCGGCGGCGGGGCGGCCGCCGCCGGCGCACACCGGCGACGAGGAGUUCGGGGGCUUCCUCUUCGAUUUCCUGUUCGCCGCCCAGGACGCGUCCACGUCCUCGCUCUGCUGGGCGGUCUCCGCGCUCGACUCCCACCCGGACGUGCUCGCCCGCGUGCGCGCCGAGGUGGCCGCGGCCUGGUCGCCGGAGUCGGGCAAGCCGAUCACCGCCGAGAAGAUCCAGGGGAUGAGGUACACCCAGGCGGUGGCGCGGGAGGUGGUCCGGCACCGGCCGCCGGCGACGCUGGUGCCUCACGUCGCCGGCGAGGCGUUCCAGCUGACGGAGUGGUACGCGGUGCCCAAGGGGGCCAUGGUGUUCCCGUCGGUGUACGAGUCGUCGUUCCAGGGGUUCGCCUCGCCGGACGCGUUCGACCCGGAGCGCUUCUUCUCGGAGGCGCGCCGGGAGGACGUGGCGUGCAAGCGCAACUUCCUGGCCUUCGGCGCCGGCGCGCACCAGUGCGUCGGCCAGCGGUACGCGCUGAACCACCUCGUGCUCUUCCUGGCGCUCUUCGUGUCCGUCGCCGACUUCCGGCGGGACGGCACGCCGGGGUGCGACGAGCCGGUGUACAUGCCGACCAUCGUGCCCAGGGACGGCUGCGCCGUGUACAUGGAGCAGCGCUGCCGCACGUUCCCAUCCUUCUGAGCUGGUCCGUCUUGGGUCCGUCCUCUUGUCCCCUUCGCCCUCUGCUCUCGCCCCUUCCUCUUUCAUGUCGAUGUGAUGAGUUGUUGUCCAGCGCGGGUUGGUCCAUUCAUCAGUUUAUUGUUUUGUUUGUCAUUGGUUUGCUGCUGGCCGGCGGGCCGCAUGCGUCAUGUGCUGAUAUUGUAUUGGGGUUAAAUUGGCCAUGUCUGAAAUCUGAAAUGGAAUUGCACGAUUUGACUA